AUGGUCGGCCUUCAAGCAGACAACAUCGCUGUCAACGACGGCCCCUUGACCUCCGAGAACGCAGCCCUCCUCCGCCCCUCAGAUCCAACCCUCCCGCUAGAAGAGCUUCGCAAAAGAUACGAUGAGGAUGGCUACCUCUUCCUGAAGCAAGUCCUCCCCCGCCAGGAUGUGCUCGACGCCCGCAAUUCAUACUUCUCCUCCCUGCAAUCAACCGGUGUUUUGAAGCCCGACACAGAACCAGUAGCGGGUAUCUUCGACCCAGCCAAAAGCCACCUCGACUAUCCCGGUAUUGGCGCCGGACAUAUCGGCGGUAACGGGAAGCCGGGUGGUGAUCGAGCAGCUGCCUUUGUGGAUCUGGCCCUCGAUGCACACUACCAGGACUGGUAUGCCGAGAAGUUCUGUAACCACCCAACGCUGUAUGACUUUGUCGCCAAGUUCUCGCAUUGGGGCAAGGAUACACUGAAUCUGCGCCGUACGUUGCUGCGAAACAAUAUUCCUGGGUCGAAGCCUAUUGGCGUGCAUUAUGAUCAGAUCUUCUUGAGAUAUGGUGAUCCGACUAGUGUCACGGCUUGGGUUCCCAUGGGCGAUAUCAAGAUAAAUGGAGGUGGUUUGAUCUACCUUGAAGACGGGGACAAAGUCGGGGUUCAGUUGGAAGAAGCCUUUUAUACCAAGGCCAAGGCGGCUGGUAUGACCGACGAAGAAGCCAAAUCCGCAUUCAACACAAACAUGAUGACAACGGGUCUGCUCUCCGAGUUCCCGAGUGAAUUUGCUCGCGAAAAUGGUCGUCGCUGGUUGGUGUCGGCCUACGAAGCUGGAGAUGUAGUUUUGCACAAGCCUCAUAUGAUCCAUGCGUCGACUAUUAACAACGACCCCGACAAUGUCAUUCGUCUUGCUACCGACCUGCGGUUCUGCGACUCGUCUAAGCCUUAUGAUAAGAGAUGGAUGAACUUUUACACUUUCGGAGACGGGGUUUAA